AUGGCAAGUGCCCAAGAGCUGGUCCAGGACAUCUUCCGCCGGGCGGAUAAGAAUGACAACGGCCGCCUAUCCCUUGAGGAGCUGCGUGACUUUUUGGGUGAGGAUGAACUGAACGAGGAAGAAUUUUUGGCGCUCUUCAACUCGAUCGAUGCUGAUCAUUCGGGAUCGAUCGAUACGACUGAACUGGCGACCUAUUUCCAGCAGCACUGGGGUGAUUUUGGGCACAUGUUUCAUGCCAUCACUUCCAUUCACGAGCCACUGGCGCAAUGCCUGACGCACACUUACAACGUGCAUCAGAAUGGCUCGCCGUCUGAUCGCGCCAUGGCACGCAUGUUUGCCCGUGAGAUUGGCGGUCACCUAGAGCAAAUUGUGGAUCAGCUCGAGCUUGCUCAUCGCGCCAUGGCCCCGGAAGAUGAGCCCCGCGGUCGGGCCGGCCGCGUUGUCCGUCAGAUUGAGGUCUAUGCCGACGAAGCGGCAAGCCAGCUUCAUGAUGUCGAGGCGCGUAUUGCUGCCGCCGUGCGCGAGGCCGUUCACGAGGCCCAGGCAAAUCAGAAUCAGUGGGCCGUGCCGGCAAGUCUGGCCCUGCUAGGCCUCGGCCUGGCCGCCGUCGCCUUUCGCCUCGUCCACAAGCCUUGA